UGAUCAAAUACUUUGCCCACAUUUGCUAAUCCCAUCAUCCUAUCUAUCUAUAUAGGUUCACAACCCUACAGCGGAUGAGACAAUCCACAAGCAACUCCAACUCUACCUUCCCCGGACAAUGGCACCCAGCCACGAGUACAACAAUGCCAUCUACAGCAGAGCCUUCACCUUUACUAUCACUGUCACCACAGUCUGAAACUGUCCCGCGAUUCUACGGCAUGCCUCCCGAAUCCACAGGUGGAAAUCUCACCACCAGCUCGCAUCGCCACCACCACCACCAUCCGCACCAGCAAUGUUCCGUCUCCACCAUAGCCAGUUCAGAAUUAGAGCACGAAGAUCUUCAUCUGGGGAGCAUGCUCAUUUCAGGCGCCCACAGCACCGGCGAAGAGCUUUCAGCGAACAAAACCAGCUCCUCUUCUUCUUCAUACCUGGGACCGAGCGGAAGCACUCCUCCGGAAAUGCUUGGAGAGAUGGGCACAGAGCCCAACUCAGUCUCCCUAGAGUCUUGGGUGGAUUACGUGAUGGGGACCGGGCUGCUCGACGACGACUGCUCUCCACCGGCGCGCUGCGAUGUUGAUAGUAGCCGUAUGGACACGGCUCGGAGUAGUGAAGAAGGCGAGAUGCAACUUGACGCUCCUCCCCCUCCUCGUCUUUCUCUUCCUCCUCUUUCUCCUUCUACCACUGCCACCACCACAGACCCACGGCUCACACUCGACUCGUUACAAGCAAAUCUCGAAUGGAACUGGAACCAAAUCCAAGACCAAAUCCCCGACAUGGAUAUGGAACUGACCCCGACGCGGCCGCCGGAUCGGCGGGAAAUUAUCAGGAAGAGCAGGAGGACUAUGAUCCUGCAGCAGAUGCAGCCGGAGCAGAUCUCGCGCGUCAUGGAGUUUCUGCUCUCGUGGAACAUGCCCAUUGACGUUAAGAUUGUGAACCAGGAGUGAUGAUGGGGAAGGGGGGUGGGGGGUUUCUCCCCUUGAUGGGGAUCGUGGAGUACAUAGAAUGAGUGUGAUGUGCGAAUACAUGUACCUGUGAUGUAGACAAAUUGAAGUAGAGGGGCGGGCGUUUUGGGUAAGGCUUUUGAUGAUUUGGUGGGAGUCUGCAGUUAUGGCGGGUGUAUAAGAAUCCGACUGGUGGAAACCGUACGACACAGAUCGACAUGUAGCGAAGUUAAUAAACAGACAGAAAGAGAAAAAAAAGACUCUUGUUGUUAUACAAUGGGGAGUCACCCUUAAGCCCGAUCCAAGAGCUUUUGAUCCCAAC